AUGAGCAACAACAAGUCUCCUCUCAUUCACGUCAUACGACACAACUAUGGCUCGACACAACCCACUUCUGGCACAUCCCAAGAUAAUGGAGCAAUUGAUGGACGACCCAGUGUCCCAGGUUUUAUCGCCAGUAACGCUGGGAUGCUAUACAUCAUUGCUUCCCAGUUUUUCUUCGCUUCCAUGAAUUUAUCGGUGAAGAUGCUAAACAGCUUGGAGCCUCCGGUGCACGCGUUUGAAGUUAUUGUAGUCAGGAUGGGCAUCACGUUGAUAUGCUGCGUGAUAUACAUGAUUAUCAUGAGGAUCCCUGAUCCAAUCGUUGGCCCCAAAGGCGUUCGAACGCUACUGGUGAUCCGUGGGGUCAGCGGGUUUAUUGGCUUAUGUGGAUUGUAUAUAUCGCUUCAGUAUCUAUCUGUCGCAGAUGCGACAGUCCUCACUUUCUUGACACCUCUGACAACAGCGGUUGCUGGGUGUGUCCUCCUGAAGGAGGGCUACUCCAUCACUCAAGCUGUCGCGGGAAUUUUCAGUUUACUUGGUGUUGUCCUCAUCGCUCGCCCCCCAUUUUUAUUCAAUUUCAUGCCAACCACCAUCCCUGAAGGAUCCUUAUUGCCGGAAACGACCCCAGCGCAAAGGUUGGCGGCUGUUGGGGUAUCUAUGAUUGGUGUGGUAGGAGCCACUGGAGCAUAUACCUCGAUUCGUGCAAUUGGGAAGCGCGCUCAUCCGAUGCAUGUCAUGACAUUCUUUUCAUUGUGGUGCACCAUCAUGGCAUCCCUGGGGAUGGUCGUCUUCAAUGUCCCCGUUGUAUAUCCUAGAUCGUGGAGUUGGUUACUGCUUUUGCUCAUGGUUGGUAUCUUUGGUUUCGUGGCACAGACUCUCUUGACGUUGGGGUUGCAACGAGAAACUGUAUCGCGUGGUUCAACUGGAGUGUAUAUCCAGAUGCUUUUUGCUGUAGUGCUUGAACGCCUAAUCUUUGGAGUUGUACCAUCUUUACUGUCAGUUCUCGGUGCUGUUAUCAUCAUGUCUUCUGCUCUUUGUGUCGUCUUGACAAAGAGGGAACCUACCCAAGGCAGAACUGCUGACAGUACAGCGUAA